UGCCGCGUCGUGUGGGGAGGAUGCGGUUAGCGCGGCGGUGUCUACAUACGCAAUGGAAGAUGUUGCGCGUGAGGCUCGUGCUUCAUUUGGUUGUGCGCAGGCUGAACAACGUCGUGAAUGCUGUUGUGGUGUUUCUUUGACAAGCAUCUCGCUUCUGGGGUACGAGCGCAUCAUACCAUGCUUUGCUUGGCACGUGCGCACACGCACCCCGGCCACCGCUGUCACCGCUCGCUGCAGUGCUCGCGUUUCACACGAUCUCGCACAUGCACCACUACGCGCCAUCGCACACUCCAGAUCGUGACGACGACCUCGUCAAUCGUGCAUACAGCGCUGCGGGGCGCUUGCUACCGCCAGCCGGGUCUGGAUGUGCAAACCCUCUGGAGAAAGGCGGUGUACCACGACGGCUAUCUAUCCAAGUGUCUUAAACCUUCAGAAAAGCAUUCAAGUGGGGACUCCAUGUCGCUAUCGAUAGCUUCGCCGCCAUGCUAGAAUAGCGAAAUGUUCUUUUCGCACGUUACUUGUGACGGGCGUUGGCCCAUCUGUAGCGCAGUGACGAGGCUCCACUAUGGCGCAAGGCACGGCCAUGUGGUGCCCGGCAGCCUAGCCUCUCACUCGGACAUGUCCGUCACUUCGCCGUAUCGAGAAAUUGUAGACGAGAAG